ACAUGAACGCGAUUUCGGAUUUCAAGUCGACUGUGAGGCUAACGCCGGAUAACACAGCCGGGGAAUUUCGAGUUUCCAAGCUUCACUACGAGAUGGGAGAAGCUGACGAGUCAUUGAAUGCGGUGAGAGAGUGUCUGAAGUUGGACCCGGAUCACAAGGAGUGCUUCGACCACUACAAGAAGGUGAAGAAGUUAGCGAAAAUUGUGCAGGAAAUGGAAGCCUCAUUCGAAGCUGAGCAUUACGAAGAUUGCGUUGCAGCUGCGCGGAAAGUGAAGAAAGCUGAGCCCUCGCACCAGCGGUUUCUGACGCGUGCGCAGGACAGGCUGUGUUACUGCACAACCAAAGGCAGUGAACCUACAGAAGCAUUGAAAGCCUGCUCAGAAGCCAUUCGUCUCGAAGAGAAUCCCAGGUUUUACUGUGAUAGAGCUGAUGCUCACUUGGCCCUGGACGAAUUCGACGAAGCUAUCGCGGAUUUCCAAAGGGCAUCUCAGCUGGAUGAACGCUACGACAGACCGCGGGAAGGCGUUCAGCGAGCCCAGAAGCUCAAGAAAUCCGCGGGGAAAAGAAACUACUACAAGAUCCUCGGUGUGAACAAGAACACUCCGAAGAAGGACAUUGUG